GUGUUGCUUUACAGAAGUAAGUGCUGUAGCCUUCGGGUCCAGCCUCCUCUCAUCUGCUGAUAGAGAUACUACAGCUCUACGAUGAGAGAGGUGAAAGCCCGGAGUCAGAGGCGGUGUCUUUAAAACAGCUCAAAGAUGGAGGACGACCUGGUGUCGGAGGAUGAUAUCUUGCUGUGUUCAGAGAAGGACUUCCAUGAUGCUGCCAGGAGGAACGACACAGGGAAGAUGCAGGAACUCAUCAAGAAGGGUGUGAAUGUCGAUGCCAAAAAUAAAAUAGACCGGAAGGCUCUGCACUGGGCCGCCGGAGCGGGGAGCGAACAAGCUCUACGGCUGCUCCUGGAACAUGACACUGAAGUGAAUGAGAGGGACUCUUUCGGCAUGAACGCUCUGCUCCUGGCCUCCUGGUUCGGUCACCUGAAAGUCCUGCAGAUCCUGGUGUCUUGUGGAGCAAAGCUCAACAGUGAGAACAAAGAUGGUCUGAGCAUGCUGCACUGUGCUGCCCAGCGAGGACACAUCAAAGUAUUGGAGUUCAUCAUGGAGGACCUGGAGGACAUCUGUCUGGACAGAGUUGACAAGUCAGGGAAGACUGCGCUUCACCUGGCAGCUGAACAUGGACAGUUUGAGGUGGUGGAGUUCCUGAUUGGGAUGGGCUGCACACAUGGUCUGAAGGACAAGGAAGAGAACACCGCCAUGCACCUCGCAGCGCAGAGCGGGCACACAGACAUCCUGCAGAAGAUGGUGGAGACGGGGGUGGAUGUGGAUGAGAGGAACAAAGACGGUCUCACAGCGCUGCACCUGGCUGCUGAUGGAGCUCACUGUGAGUGUGUGAGGCUGCUGCUGGAGUCCGGCUGCGAUGCUAAUGCUCUGACUAAUAAGGAUAUGAAUGCUCUCCACUACGCAGCUCAGCACGGCUCUGACAGAGAGGCCAGUCUGCUGCUGGAGGCAGGAACCCACAGAGACGCUGUAGACCAUCAACACAACACCGCGCUGCACCUAGCUGUGUUCAACAACCACGCAGAGGUUCUGCGGCUGCUCAUAGACGCUGACUGUGACCUGGACAUCGCUGACAGUAGGCAGCAGACUGCGCUUCACAUCGCAGCAGAGCACGGCUGCCAGGACUUGGCUGAGAUGAUGCUCAUCUCUGGAGUUAACCUCAAUCUGACUGACAAGCACGGGAAGACGUGUCUGGAGGUGGCCGCCAGAGGAAACCACGUCAUCCUGGUCGACAUGAUCAUCAAAGCUGACCGCUUUUAUAAAUGGGAGAAAGAUCAGAUGGGCAGGGAGCUGGACUCCUGGGUGGGGCGGCCUCUGAGCUUUAAGCAGGACCACCAGCAGGAGACUCAGCACCUCCGCUCGGUCCUGUGGAGCCUGGCCACCAAGCACCUGUGCCGGGGGGAGUGGAAGAUCCUGGCCCAGCACUGGGACUUCAGCGAGGCUCACAUACGGGCCAUAGAGCAACAGUGGACAGGUAUGAAAAGCUAUAAAGAGCACGGCCACAGGAUGCUGCUAAUCUGGCUUCACAGCGUGGUGAUGGCGGGGGAGAACCCGGUCAAAGGUCUCUACGAGGGGCUGGUGGAGAUCUCACGGACAGACCUGGCAGAGUCCAUCCGGCAGAAGGCAAACGCAGAGACCAGCUCCCCCAAACUGUGCUCUGCUAUGUGAGCCACACGGUGAGGGACUGUGGAGGCACCUGGAGCUCUGUGUCACUGUAAAUGGCCCGAACAGAGCCCAUGAGUAGGUUGGUAUUAUCCAUGACCAGUUUACAUUAUUCACACAUUGAAUAUACUGUGAUGUUCAGGAUGUGGUUCUCAGAGGACUUAUUUCUGGCUUUCAAUAAUGAUGGUUUUAAACCUGUGAAUUAUCUGUUGAUAACGUAAAGUCAUAUUUUUCAUGGGCUUAAAUAGGUACAAGAGUUCCUGUGAGCUGGAAUGAGUUAAAACAUGAAAAUGGAGAAUUGGAAAUGAUAAGCAAAUUCUUGUAAAGAAACAUGACUCAAAUCAACCACGUCGUGUGUUCAUUGCGAUCUUGCGGGUUAACAUAUCCAGCUCAAUGUGCUCUACAAAAAAAGAAUCAGCCUGACUACAUUUUACGCCAAGACAUUAUUGACGAAAACGCAUUGGUGGAGUAAACUUAAGUUUCCUUUGAUACAAAUGCAAGAAGUGGGCUAUACUAUAACUCAAUUAAUCUGAUGAAAAAUAGCUUCCCAAACAUUAGAGGCCACAUGUCUUUGAGUAUGCAAUUAUAUAAAGGUUGUUCACACACUCAAAACUGAAUUUGCAGAAAACACCGUAUCUGUUUCGCUGUACUCUGUACAUUAACGGCUGUGACGUCUUUAAAGGCAGCUGAAGACUCACCCAUGUAGACUUAACUGUGUUUAAUUGCUCCUCUGUUACUAUGGCUUCUGUCAGUUUUAUUCAUCUUGUAUUGUUACAAACGUUAUAAUGUUUACCUUGGGGCGGUGCUAUAAUAAUUAAUUGAAUGACACCAGCCACACACUGCGGUAGCUCCCACAGACAGUAAACACUCUGGAGACAGCGAUGAUACACACACCAGCAUCUUUAUUAUCACUCACUUUCUGUCUUUGUGGCCUUAAAAAAAUAGUUUUGAAAGGACUGCUUUAUCAGAAGUAGCAACGUGAGCAGUCAACCUCAGUGUAGUUCUCAGUUUACCCAGUUAUCUAAAGCACAAGCUGCACUCACCAUGUUGGGUCACAAGAUGAACUUGAUGAUUUCAAAAGAUGAUUUUCAGGACAGCAAAGCAGAAAAAUACUUGUAUACCACACAGAUUUAUAUAUUUAUUUUCUUUUUUCUUCUCUGGAACAACUGGAUUGUUUUACUUCUUACAGAAUCUGAAAAAUAUUCAGAAAAAACUGGUGGUUCUGGUCUUAAAUAUAUUCAAAUGUUGGUUUAAUUUGAAGGGUCACCAGUCUAGAUAACUUAGUUAAAGAGUUAAACUGGGCUGCACUUUACUGGUGGGUUAAAUUGGAGGGAAAAAAUCCAGUUUGUAAAAAACCGAGCUUGAGGAAGUGUGUGCCUGUGUGUGUAAAUAUUCUUUGCUCCUGCAUGGUUAAUGUUUAUGAAUCCAUGGGUUGGAUUGCCUAUUCACAGUGUCACAUUGUUGACACUAUGGCAUUUGCAUAUAAACUGGAUCCAGAUAAGUAAGGUUAAAGGUGGACAAAAUAUGCCCUUUUUUUUGCAUGAAUAUAAUACAAAUCUCUCUCUGAAGUAAUAUCAUUUACUUAAGUCAAUAAUACGUUUUUGUAAGGAUUUGUAUGAUACAUGUGUUUUUUUAUUCUACAGUUUUUAGUGUACAAAUUAACUGCUAAAUUUCAAGAUGAAUGCACAUUUAAAAUGGUUAUCACUGGUUUAACUAAAAAAACAGAGUGAGUGUUUUAAAGAGUGUUGCUGUCAAGCAUCCCAAUUAUUCAUGUAGGUGGGUUAUACAUAUAAACUCUGUUUGCAUGAUUCACUUUAUAAAACGCCUGACCGGUCCUUGAACGCCUCGUGAGAUCAGCACUGUAUAAUGAUCAAUGCAAUACCUAGAUUUUUCUGCAGCAAUGCACAUAUCUUUUGUAUAAAUAAUGUGUAAACUUUCAAUGUUACUAUUUACAUGAUGUGUUCAUAAGAUUAAUAAAAACCACUGUGAAAACAAA